GUCACCUCAGUUUUCUCAUCUGAGACGUGGGCGUGGUGAAAGGGGACACCAUGGGCUGGCCAAGGCAGUGGAUGGAGAGGCCGCUCCCCCUGUUCGGCGCAGACCCAGGGACCCAGCACUGCUGGCCCGAACUGUGGCUGGAGGCCGGCCCGGCAGCGGGCGGCGGCGCUCUCCCGGGUCACAGCGCCCGGCGGCAGCGGCGGCGGGAAGAUGCGACUGCGGCUCCUAGCGCUGGCGGCGGCUGUGCUGCUGGGUCCGGCCCCGGAGGUGUGUGGUGCUCUCAAUGUCACGGUGUCCCCAGGACCUGUGGUGGACUUCUUGGAAGGGGAAAAUGCCACUCUCCUCUGCCACGUCUCCCAGAAGAGGCGGAAGGACAGCUUGCUGGCUGUGCGCUGGUUCUUCGCUGCGGACGGCUCCCAGGAGGCCUUGAUGGUGAAGAUGACGAAGCUCCGGGUGAUCCAGUACUAUGGGAACUUCAGCCGGACUGCCAAUCAGCAGAGACUCCGCCUGCUCGAGGAGCGUCGAGGGGUGCUGUACAGGCUGUCUGUCCUGACGCUCCGGCCAGCGGACCAAGGGCAGUAUGUCUGCAAAGUGCAAGAAAUCAGCAAACACCGGAAUAAGUGGACAGCCUGGUCCAAUGGCUCCUCAGCGACGGAAAUGAGAGUGAUCUCCCUCAAAGCUGCUGAAGAUUCAUUUGAGAAGAAGAAUGUGACUUGGGCAUUGUUUGAAGAUCUCUAUGUGUAUGCUGUCCUUGUGUGCUGCGUGGGGAUCCUCAGCGUCCUGCUCUUCACCCUGGUCAUUGCCUGGCAGUCUGUGUUUCACAAGAGGAAAUCAAGAGUGAGACAUUAUUUGGUGAAAUGCCCUCAGAACAGCUCAGGGGAGACUGUCACCAGCGUGACCAGCUUGGCCCCACUGCAGCCACAGAAGGCUAAGAGGCAGAAGAAGAAGGUAGAUGUUCCACCUGCAGUCCCUGCCAAAGCACCCAUAGCUACCACUUUCCACAAACCAAAGCUACUGAAGCCACAGAGAAAAGUCGCCCUGCCCAAGAUCACUGAGGAAAACUUGACCUAUGCCGAGUUGGAGCUGAUCAAACCCCACCGGGCUGCCAAAGGCGUCCCCACCAACACCGUGUAUGCACAGAUCCUCUUUGAGGAGAACCAGCUGUAGUGUACCUCCUCCCUGGCUGUCACCUCUACUUCCAGUUAUUUAUGACACUCAGAAUCAAACUCCCUAGUUUUGUCUUUUCACCAGUGCCUUCAGUGCGAUGGGGAGCCCCUUCCCGUGGCAUUCUGGUAUCUUGUAAGUGGUACACACUUUCCAGAAGAGAAGGGACCAGCCCUGGGCCACGUCUCCCAAGAUAAGAGGUUCUUGGCCUGGUCCUGAGUGCAAGGACUCUGCUUCUGAGAACAUCCACUGAGUCAACUGGACCAACUUCUCCUCUUCUUGAGUCUUAAAGUUUUGGGGGAAAAACUCAAAUCUUAAUUUUAAUCAGAUGCCCUUGUUCUACGUAAGACAUCAAGCACCCAGUUUAGAGUCACAGGAAAUUCCUGUGAAGGUCAAAGAGAGAGGUGGCACUCACUCGUUCUCUGAGGUUCUGGGACACCCAGGGCAAAGCCGACCCCUAAGUGGCGGCAGCCACUUAUGAUGACAUCCAUUGUUUUUAACAGAUGCUCUGAAGCUGGCCAUGUGAGGGCAAAGGUGCUGAUGGUUGAAAGUCCAAGGUCUGGCUCAGGAAAUUAUGGUACUUAUGUCUUUAAACCCAUAUGUCACCAGGGCUAUAGAUCUACAAGAACACCGUUGUUGUAAAGUGUUUGUCCCCCUUUGGCAGAAUGGAUCUAGAGUUCGAGGAAGAUAUCUUGUUCUCUCAUUCCCAAAGACUUGAUUAUGGUUCCGGUGGGUACAUCUCAUGAGUGUGCCAAGCUCAGUCAAUUCCCAUUCAAGAGAGAGGGGAGCCUUUCGCCAUUGCCUCAACACUGAAAUGAAAACACAAGGCAUGCCGGGAAACUAUGUCCAGGAGGACUCAACCCUUGGCAAGUGCUUUGACUGUUUCAGCCUUGGAUGAGGACCAUGACUGCCUUGGGUGGGUGUCAGGGGACCAUGGGACAUAAGUCCGUGGGGAAGUUGUUCUGUGGACCUAACCAAUGGACAAAAAUGUCAGAUUUAAUGGACGUAAGAGAGUCACCUUGAUUUCUGCAGUGCUAUUAAGGACGCCUCUUGAUUUAUGCCUCUGGUGACCACUUACCACACUCUAUAAACAUUGUUUGGCUAUGUAAUUUUACAAUGUAUAUAUGAUAAAUUAUCUAUUUUAAACACA